CACACACACACACACACACACACACACACACACACACACACACACACACACACACACACACACACACACACACACACACACACACACACACACACACACACACACACACACACACACACACACACACACACACACACACACACACCCACAGGCGGUGAUCAAAGCCACCGAAUCCAAGGCAUGUGCGACAGUGUCCGUUGAGAUGAAGAGCUGAGUUCAAAACGACAGAAGAAUGAAAAUGCUCCGGUUUCGCAGCCCAAGCAUCCGCUCGUUGGACCAGGAAACCCUCUGCACGAUUCGGUUACUGGACGACUCUGAGAUCUCAUGCAGCAUCCAGAGGGACACUAAGGGACAGUACCUCCUGGACCAUGUGUGCAACCACUACAACCUCCUGGAGAAAGACUACUUUGGCAUCCGAUAUGUGGAUCCUGAGAAGCAGAGGCACUGGUUGGAUCCCAGCAAGCCUGUGGUGAGACAGAUGAAGGCUCAACAGCCCUACAUGAUGUGCUUUCGAGUCAAGUUCUAUCCCAACGAGCCAAUGAAGAUCAAGGAGGAGCUCACCAGGUAUCUCCUGUACCUCCAGUUAAAGAGAGACGUCUAUCACGGCCGUCUCCUCUGUCCGUUUGCAGAUGCUGCCUAUUUGGGAGCCUGUAUCAUACAGGCUGAACUAGGGGAUUACGACCCAGACGAACACCCUUCCGAUUAUAUCCGGGACUUCAAACUUUUCCCUAAACAAUCCCUGAAACUGGAGCGGAAGAUCAUAGAGAUACACAAGAAUGAGCUCAGGGGCCAGUCAGCGGCCUUAGCUGAGCUCAACAUGGUCCAAAGGGCUCACACUCUGGAGACAUACGGGGUUGACCCUCACCCAUGCAAGGACUUCACAGGCUCCACCGCCUUCCUUGGGUUCACAGCCACAGGGUUCGUGGUCUUCCAGGGCAACAAAAGGAUCCACCUCCUCAAAUGGGCCGAUGUGAGCAAGCUGAAGUUUGAGGGGAAGACCUUCUACGUCAUCGGCAUUCAAAAGGAGAAGAAGCUGGUGUUGACGUUUCAUACCUCAACCCCAGCAGCGUGCAAGCACUUAUGGAAGUGUGGGGUGGAGAACCAAGCCUUUUACAAGUGUGCUAAGUCCAGUCAGAUAAAGACGGUGUCCAGUAGCAACAUCUUCUUUAAGGGAAGCAGGUACCGAUACAGUGGCCGUGUAGCAAAGGAGGUGAUCGAGGCCAGCUCUAAGAUACAGAGAGACCCUCCAACAGUGCGUAGAGCCCAGUUUGGCCAGAGUAGAAGUUACAACUCUUUGAGCCACAAGAACCUCAUCAUGAACAUGGAGCCUCUGGUUCCUGCGCUGCCCUCCACCAACGAGUACGAGGAGACGGCCACAGACAAUGGGGUGGUGGCCCUGAAGGAGGCGGUCCAUCUCUCCCAGCUGGAGGCCCCUCCCACGGAGGCGGAGCUAUGUGACCCCGGCCCGGUGAACGCUCCGGCCGGCGACGAUGUUUCCCCGGUGGCGGCGGCGGCGGCCCGGGUUUUCACGGAAACCUCAAACGGACGGCCACAGACUUCCAAGCCAGAGCUGGACGAGGAGGACGAGGAGUCGUCGAACGAAGCGCUGACCAUCUCCGAGCUCGUCUACAGCCCCUGUGCCAGCAUGCUGCCCACGCCGGUGGAGGACAACCAGGGGGGGGUGGACCUGCUGUUCUCCUCCCCGGUGCAGAGCCCCGCCUGGCUGCUGAGGGAGCUCCACGCCGACCCCGACAUCCAGGCCCAGCUGGAGGCGGAGAGGGAGCGCGACCGCGCCUACGAGCGCGUCCGCCAGGCGGGGAGGAGCCGGGUGGGCGGAGUCCUGAGCAGCGGGCUCCGCCUCCUCUCGUCCAACGAGCGGGCGAACGCCUGCCUGCUCAGCGUGGCCCGCUUCGUCGCCGUGGUGACGGGCGUCCUGCUGGUCGUCGUGCCGACGCUGCUGCUGCUCCUGGAGUCCGACAUCGACGUUUCGUUCCUCCACGAGAUCCGGCAGACGCCAGAGUUUCAGCAGUUCCACUACGAGUACUACUGUCCGCUGAGACGCUGGGUUCUCUGCAAGAUCGGCAAGGCCUUGGAGAAACUCUGGUCGGACUAAGAGAGAGCAGAGGCUUUGGAGAAGCUCUGGUCGGACUGAGAGACUGAGGGGUUUGGAGAAGCUCUGGUAAGAUUGAGACACUGAGGGUUUUGGAGAAGCUCUGGUCGGACUCAGAGACUGAAUGACACAGAGGAAAGAUGGGAAGAUGGGGGAGGAAAGGUGUGGAGGCAUUGCUGAAAAACAAAAGUGGGUCUUUGGUUUUAUAAUCUUGUUUUAUUAAGAGAUAUCUACAGUGAAGGAGGUUGGAAUUAAUUCGAUUAAAUUAAUUUGACUUAAUUUGACAAUUCAAUACAAAACAAGGAGGUGUUCUUUAUAGAGAAAGUGAAUAAAGAUUAUAAGCCCAAAUACAGGAUACAGUCAAAAGUCAAGUGUAAACUUUUUCCUAGUAACGAAGUGGCACAGAAGGGGUGGAGCAAGUCUGAGAGAGGAAGAUAUUAAGGGGAGACCUAUUGACAGGAUGACGAAUAUGAUAACAAAAACAAUAACAAAAGAGGACAGUAAGGAUAUAGAAAAUUAGAUAUAACAAAAGAGGACAGUAAGGAUAUAGAAAAUUAGAUAUAGCAAAAGAGGACAGUAAGGAUAUAGAAAAUUUGUUGUUUAAAGUUUGUCCACUCCUGACUCGAAAAAGGCUUUUGGUGUGAUGCUUCGGUUGGCUGCCUGAGUGAUCAGAAUCCCACACAGAAACGUCUUGUUAGAAGAAAAUGUCCAAUUGGUCCCCAGAAGAUGUCGGUCAUGCAGGAGAAGGAGGCGGGAACAGAAGUGACAGAUAAUUGAUUUGACUGGAUCCCUAAAACACUGGCUGUAACAAUAGUGACAGUAAAUACACAGAGUAUACAUCUGUAUAUUUACAAAACAAAAAUAAUACCGGUGAUGACAAUACCAAUGUUUGAGGAGUUGUUUUUAAUAUUUUGUAACUUUUUAUGUGAUCCAAAUGUUUCAGGAUUUUUUCAGUCAGAGGAAAUACUUUGAUCUUAUUUUCGCCUUAAGAGUUUACAAAAGAUAAAAAAAAAAAAAUGAAAGAAUUUUACCGGGAAAGGGUUGUGGAGAAAAUUUGAACUAUAUUUUAAUACUACCAUCAGCAUGAGUAAAAUUGGUAGCGCCCUGGGAUUUUCCUACCGAAAGUCAUAGCACAACUAUUUUACACUGGCCACAAAUGUCAACUGUUUCAGAUUAUUUGAUGUCAUUUCCGAGUGUAAGAGGAAGAGGUGAGAGACGUUUAGGAUGAUUGCGAUGAUGAAACUUGUUUUAUUAAACACUGAUGGGGAUGGCCCACUAUGGCUAAGAAGGACCUUAUUAAAUCUGUAAUAGGAUUUUAAGCGAAGGAGAAUGAAUUAACUCAAAUGUGUUAUAUGAAAAAAAGAAAAGUAACUGUUGUUUGUUCAUGUUGAUGACUUCAACGAGUAACCCAACCCAUGUGUACCUCCAAAUGGUUCCCAUUCCCAUCACAGCAUGCUCGAAAAUCAACAUUUAAGGAGGUGAUGUAUAGGCUGACAUCAAAUCAAAAAUCUACAUUUAAGGAGGUGAUUUAUAGGCUGACAUCAAAUACAAAAGAGGUCCGGUACGUGAAAAAUGAAACUAUUUACUUUGAAAUAAGUUUAGUCUAAGUUUCAAAAGACUAUUAGUCACUUUCCCAAAACAUGUUCCUAAUUUUCUUUUCGAAGAAUUAUUUUUAUUUAUUUUUAUCUUGGGCAUUAUCAAAAGACAACCAUAACCCCUUAAAAUAACAGUAACAGGUUACUAACAAUAACCAAAAUCGAAAUGAAAGGCUCCAGACUUUAUUAUCAAACUGAUAACCAACACUCAUAAACCUCCUCAAUAUUCAAAACCAUCUAAAAACUUGGUAUGCAGCUUAAUGAAGCACGGUUUAUGUAUUCAGCGCCUAUUUACUAUCUUAUAAUGUGCAUCGAUGGGAAUGCUGAAAGUCAUUAGUUAAUUUUGAAUUAUCUUCUCAGGAAAGUAAAGUAUCUAGCCGUAUAUAUUGAAGUACAAGCAAGUUGUACAGCCACUUCAGUAAGCAUGAACUGUGCAGCAAAGUUUGCAAAAAAAUACCACCUCAAAUUAUGACCACCAAAUAAUCGACCAUUCAUUAUAAAAUAAUGAAACAUGAAAAACUUCGAAAGAAUAUAUAAUUUAUUAAAAGUUUCACUAAUUGCAGUCAUGCUUCGUAGACAGGUUACUAACACAAUUUAAAAAAAAAAUCAAAAUUUUUCCAACAUUUUCAAACACCUGAAGGCGAAUAAUUAAAAUAUUGUCUGUGGUUCAGAAAUCAUCAAGAAAUGUUGUUAAACUGCAACAUUAAUUUAUUGUUUGCAAGUGAUAUUAUCCUUUUACUUUCAUUAAUUGCUCUUGGUCUUUUUGAGACGAAUGUCAUUAUUGUGCUCAUUGCCAUUGAAAUCCUCUCAAAAUAAUUUAAAUUCAAUAUCAAUCUAAUAUUGCUGCAUCAUAUUUCUAUAAACCAAAAUAUGUACCGUAUUAACCAUUGUGUGUUGUCACUUAAAUUGACUGACUUUAUGCAUUAUUCAGCUUUAUACAUAACCAAAUAUGCAGUUCAAAACAAAAACUAUUGAGGGAGAAAUCAACUAUUUUCCUAUUCUAAUACAUGCACUGCAUUCUGUUGCCUAAACCAAGGGCCAAACCACUAUGAUAACCACAACAAAUACUACUUCUCAGAACUAUCCAGCCGUCAGAGAGCUCUGAGGUGUUCCACAGCUUCACCCCUGGGCAAAGCUGACCCGUAUGCACUGAUCUAUACCAUGAUACCACGCCACCUGUGUGCACUAAUAUGUAGGGUGAGAUGCGUCACCAAGACCUUGCUGUAAACCCUGUCUCCGUCUCUGACCGCGCCAUCAACCCUCUUCUGCUAAAAUAGACUACGUGCAUGUCCACAACAUGCAAGAGUGGCUUUGUGUGUGGAAACAUGCUUAAUUUACACAGCUGUAUAAAUAUAAUGUGCGUUCUGUGGCUCUUUGGUUCUGUUACUGUAGCUCCAUACCGUAGGCUACCUUUGGUUUUUGACAUGGGGGGCGGGGAUGACAAUUUAUCGCACCGUUUGAGCAACAGCAGAUUUUUUUUUAACACAGACCGCAUGUCCAUGUAUGUAAAUAAGAUGUUUAAAGCUGUGGCACAAAAAAACAACAAACCGAAAAACAAGUGAUGAUGUCGUUCUUUGUUCCCCCUGCGGUUUUUCUUGUCCCAUGCCUGGCUUUGCCAUUCUGAUCAGUGCAUGUUCUCUAUGUUUAUUAUCGAGUAGAGAAACGAAAGGAAACACUCCAUUUUAAGCUAACAUGGACAAAUGGUAGCUUUACUUGACUGAAUUUCAAUUUAAUUAUUAUUUUUUUUUUCUUUCUUUAAGGCCUUUAUUAUUUAAUAACUACUGUAGUGUCUGAUAACAUUAAUGAAUUACAAAUAUAUUUGAAAUAAUAAUUUGGUAAGUAAUACAAGUAUUAAUUCAUAAAGAAGUACAAAUUCUAAACAAAAUGCAUCAAUGUCCCACAAUGGUAUUAUUUAGAAAACAUGUAUUGUCUAAAAAACCUGAAUCUUUUAAAUAAUUUCUUGUGAAUGGACUGAACAGAUUGCAUUGCAGUUUACACCAUCUUUAAUUAAAGCAAACAUCCAAACAAAAGGCCGUUCAAUCCUACUCUUGACUGAGAUUUGUGGUCCAAUGGCAUUGUAGCAUCAAUUUAGCUUAUAGCCUCUGACUUUUAAAGAGGAUUUUAAACCCUUUGCAUUUGCAUAUUUUGCUUUCUGUGUUGACUUAGAUAUACUGUGAUUAAAAAAAAAGAACCAGAUCACUCACAAGUUGAUGUCAUAAUAGCAAACUCAGAGUGCAAAGACACAAGUCAAAUAUUUAAAAACUAAAUUAUGAUUACAUCAAGAAAAUUGUAACCGAACCCAGGGUCAAGACAAUGUUUAAAUAGGCUAAAGUGCUGUUUUAAUUAUUUUACUUAACUAGAUUUUAAAUAUUUGUGCUCAGGUCUAUGAUAUGCAAAAUGAUAUCAAAUUUCACAUGGUCUACAAUGAAUUGAAGAUGUUUUAAUGAAUUAUUUGAGUGUUGUAUGGGCAUGUCAAGUAGCAUAUUUUUCGCACGCUUUUAGCACUGUUGUUUUACCGGAACCUUGUCGUUUGUUUUAUUAAUUCAGUCAAAAAGAAACUCUGGGAGAAACUUUCAGAUCAAUGAAGCAUAAAAAAAGGAUGAAUCAGUGAAAACAAGCACGUUUUCCAGAGGUGUAAGCCACCGGACCCCUCUUCCUUCCCCCUCCCCCGUCGGGACAACCAAGCCUUAUUAACUUUGUAAAAGUGAAAAUGUUGUAUGUUUGUUUGUUAUCAAAGACAACAACAUGGGUUGUUUUCUAUGUUAAUACUGCCACAAUAAAGCCCCUGACGAAUAUA